AUGAUCUGCCCGCAGGUGUGCAGCUGCAUCUGGCGAAACGGCAAGCAGACGACCAUCUGCGAGAACCAGAAUCUGAUAUCGAUUCCCAAUCAGAUAUCGCCCUCGACUCAGGUCCUCGACCUGAACACCAACAACUUUCAGAUUCUGCCGUCGAGAGCCUUCCAGGAGCGCGGUCUCAUCAACCUGCAGAAGCUCUUUCUGCCCCGCUGUAAGCUGGGCGCCAUCGCCGAUGACGCCUUUGUGCAGCUGACCAACCUGGUGGAGCUGGACCUGAGCGAAAACCUCCUGACGACGGUGCCGGUGAAGGCGCUGGCGAACACCACAAAUCUUCGGCGUCUUCUUCUCAAUGGCAAUCACAUUGCGACGAUCAGCGCUGAAGCUUUUGCGCCGCUUACCAGUCUGAAGUUUCUGAAUCUUUCAGGCUGCCAGACGCACACCAUCGAAGCGCGGGCCUUCUGGGGCCUGGCCGACCUCGAGUACCUCUACCUGCACUCGAACCAACUCACCACCCUGCCGUACGCCGUCGUCCAGGACCUGCCCGCCCUCUACUCCUUUGACCUGUACCGCAAUCCGUGGGUGUGCAACUGCGAGAUGCGCGCCACCCGCGAGUGGAUGAUCCGCAACAACGUCGGCCAGUCGAUUCCGCCCGCCUGCGAGCUGCCCCUCCGCCUCUCCGGCCUCAUGUGGAACAGCCUCGACCUCGAUGACUUUGCCUGUCAGCCGGAGAUGCUCAGCACCACCGUGGAGGUGGCCCGGCCAGCGGGCGCCAACGCCACCCUUGUCUGCACCGUCAAGGGACUGCCCGAGCCAAAGAUUUACUG